AUGUUCAAACUUGUUCCCAUCCUUCUCGCUUUCGCAGGUCUCAUUCACGCUGACGCUGAUUGCGAGUACGAUUGUGAACCCAUCUACACCAUACAAUCUGACCCCUUCAACCUCGUCCUCAUAUCCGAAGAUCCUUCCCUAAACGGCAAAACACUAUCUGCAUGCCAUGCAGGUGCAGCGAUUUUCACGCUUUGCCCCACGCUUUCAGAAGAAGGGGCCCAGUAUCCCGUUGUCCUAACCCACAACACGACAGACACUGCCAUCACAAACACCUUCGGCACCCAAGGCAUCCUCUCCUGGACCAUCCCCUACGACCCCUACCCCAUCGACCUCUCCGUGCUCCUCCAACCCCAAGACAUCGUCCCCUUGUCCAUUGCCCAACUCGCCAUGACCUACAGUGGCGAUGGCAGCCUCUCUUUCGAUGACAAAGACAUACUGAACUUCCAGAACCCAAUUACCUGGGCGGCGGAGAAACCUGAAAUGGCUGAGUGGACGGGAUACUAUCGCUGGUGGGUUUGCUUCACGUACUAUGGGACGGGGUAUGUUAGGCAGACUUUGGUGUGGGGGACGGGAGUUGGAAAACCUGAUCCGCCGAGUUGUGUUAAGCACUUCGUCAUUCUUUCGCAUCGCAUCGCCUCCAUGAUUCCUACAUUGUUUUCCUUCUCCUUGGCUCUACUCACAAUACCUAUAACCGCACAGUCUUCUUCUUCCUCCGCAUCGAACACACCUAUACCUAGCAGCGCUACCGAAACGAUCGUCGAUGUCUCCAGUACCUUUACGAGCACCUACUCCGCCGACUUCUCGAGCGGUCUCCCGGGCAUUGUCCUGAGCACGUUUACAUCCGGACGGCAGAAUGCCACCGCUACCUCGUCGACGACAACACAAGAGGUGACAGCCAUAGUCGGGCUGUCUCCUUCGACCGAAUCUUCAAACGGCACUGCUUCAACAACCACGACAUCUACUCGACCAAGUCCGACUAAUACUCAGCCAUGCAAUGGAUACGUCGAGUUUUGCCAGAGGAGGUUUUCCAACAUCUCUAUGGUCGUCGCACAUAACAGCCCAUUCGUGAGGCCGCACAAUGCAGCCAGCAACCAAGACUACCCAGUGCUUAAUCAGCUCAAUGAUGGAAUUCGAGGGUUGCAAUUCGAGACCCAAAAACCCAACGAGACCUCCGCUAUACGCCUCUGCCAUACCUCCUGCAGCCUGCUCGACGUGGGCACCCUCGAAUCAUACCUCGCAACAGUCAAAGGCUGGCUCGACCAGAACCCUUUCGAAGUCAUUGCUAUCAUGAUGGGCAACAAUAACGGUCAGGAUACCCGAAACCCAGCGACAGACUAUAUCGCACCUUUUCAAAACUCAGGAAUUAUGGAAUACGUAUGGACACCGCCUUCGGCUAGUCUGAACCUGACGGACUGGCCCACAUUGGCCGAGAUGAUUAUUAGGACUAAGCGUGUCGUGGUGAUGUUAGACUAUGGCGCGGACCAGGAACAAGUCCCGUGGCUGCUCAGCGAAUUCAACUAUCAGUGGCAAACACCCUUUUCGCCAACCGAUCCCGCGUUCCCUUGCACGGAGCAACGACCCCCAAAUCAGCCAGAAGAAGUCUCACGCGAGCGCAUGUACGUGAUGAACCACAACCUGAACAUCGAGGUCAGUCUCCCAGGCGUGAGCAGCAUCCUCAUACCAGCAUACUCCCUCCUCGAUGAGAUCAAUGCUGUUUCCGGAAACGGUAGCGUUGGUCUUAAUGUACAAAACUGCGAGGAAAUGUGGAAUCGUCCGCCGAAUUGGAUACUCGUCGACUACUACAACUACGGCAACUUUAAUGGAUCUGUCUUCCAGGUUGCUGCGACGGCCAACAACGUUACGUACAACGAGCAGUCGUGCUGUGGCACAGAGGGUACCAGCGCGGCGCAUGCUCUGAGAAGCCAAGGGCUGUCCAUAGCUUCAUUGUUCGUUGGCGCUUAUCUGUUGUGCAUCUUUGUCCUCAACCUCAACCUCAACCUCAACCUCCACAUACGAACGCUACCAACAAUGUCGUCAGAAAUACCUGACUUGGAGACCCGAAUACUCGCUCUGGAACGCAUGGCGAUAGCGGAUAGUGGAAAAGGAGAGUCCAUCAACCGCUUCAACAGCUUACGAUACUGUCCGCCACCCUUCCAUAAACUACAAUCGCUCAACUACGGACCGAACAAGCACACGUACGACUUCGAACCAGCUCCUCGCCAGAACGACGCAGUCAUGUGGUACAUUACACUUCUUAUUCGCGACAUGAAUGCGGACCAUAUCGGCGUCGCAGACAUGCAUUUCCGAGUAGAGCCUACCGACAUGUCCGCGCCGUUCUGGCUGCUUUUACCUGACUACACUACGUACUGCAGCAAACUGUAUACCUUCAUGGAUAGAUUCAAUGAGUUUCCCCUCACUGCUUGGGUAACCUUUUCCCCAGGAAUGCCCGGUCCGACAGAGGAUAAUCUACACUUAAAGAUCGGUACAGAAUGGAUCUUGUUAAAAGACUGGUUGCUUUCCAGCCAGACGCCCGGUGAAAACUUGGUUGGCGAGAGGGGCUACAAGGCGCAGCGCACAUGUUGGAAGCUCAAUGGGAAGCACUUCCGGCUCGCCGACCUCCCGACCGAGAUGCGCAUGAAGAUUUUCGAGUUUGCUCUCGGUCCUCGAAUUUAUCCUUUGACUAAAUCCAAGGACGCUGAGGUUUGUCUCGGCCUGGGUUUCCGCAGUUGGCAUGACAGCAGUCAAAUCGAUCAGCGCCACCCCUCACGGCUGUAUGGACGUGAGCACACAGUUGCAGGGUGCUCCGCUUACGAGCCCAAUCUUGCCGUCUUGUCUAUAAACAGACAGACCUAUGGUGAGGCUCUUCAAGCUGGCUGGGAGGACACCCGAAAGUGCUUCUUCUCACCGAUUCAGCUCAGAUCAGUUCUUGAGGCGGGUACCAAGCCGAACUAUAACUGGCUCAAUCAUCUCAUUCUCGACUUCACGAUGUCCGAUUGGUUCAGUUUCUUCGGUGUCGGAUUUCGUGACAACAUUAGUAUGAAUAACGGUGUGUCUCUUGGACCUAUACUCCCUACGUUGGAUGGACUGUCAAGUCUUCAGCUUUGGUUUCGAAGCCCAGACGACGGAGCCGCUUACUAUCCUUACGGGAUGCGUCUUGUCGAUAGGUCAAUAAUGGUCAGCUUUGUCUGUUGUCAACGUACAAUGGUCGACUGGAUCAUGACAUUCGCUUGGCCAUUUGUAAAGGAUCUGCCAAAGGUGAGACUGGGUGGGAUCCUGAAAAAGGACACAAAGGACAAGUGGAAUGAACUCCUCGCGCUGCCUGCAAAUGACAAGGAUGGCGUAAUGGACCACGCUGCUGAGCUAGCGGCCAUUCUGGAUACCCCUUCAGCAGAUAUGUAA